AUGAGUGAAUGUUUGAAAAUACAAGAACCAGAUUAUGACUGCAUGGAAUAUGCAAUUAUUUCACACAACAUUGACUUUGUUACAUUCUUGAUGAAUGUGUACAAUAUAGAGAUCGAUUUAUUUUAUUGCGGAUGGUUUAAUAAUCUUGAAUCCUUUUUAGUUUAUUUCGAUCAAACUAAUGAUAUAAACAAAUGUUUCGUUGAUUCAGCGAUGUUUGAUACCCCAUCCCUACUCGAAUACUUCCUUUCACAUGGUGCGAAUAUCAAUGAAAAAGAUAAUAAUGGAAGAACCGCACUUCAUAUUGCAGUAAAAAUAAUUAUAUAG